CGGGGGUGAGGGGAGUUGAAUGAUUGAACUUUCUUGUGUAGUUUCUGCGGCGAGGAGGUGCCUGCCCCCAGCGCAGCCCGGCACUAGCCCGCCGAGCAGGAGGGUACCCCGGCGCCUGCCGCCCCCCGCAGCGCCCGGCCGCCCCUCUGCCCUCCUCUCCCGCAGAGCGAUGGUGCGGAGGGCGCCCGGCGCGUCCCUCGCCCUGCUCCUCUGGGUAACGGCCGCCUGCGGCAGCCCCGCCGGGCCGGGGGCCGCCGCCGCCGCCCGCAGGCAGGACGAGGCUUUCUCCACUGCCAGAUGCACCUCCAGGUGCCUGAGCCUCCAGAUCACCCGCAUCUCCGCCUUCUUCAAGCAUUUCCAGAACAAUGGAUCACUUGCUUGGUGCCAGAAUCAUAAACAGUGUUCAAAGUGCCUGGAGCCCUGCAAAGAGUCCUGGGACCUGAAGAAAAACCAUUGCCAAAGCUUCUGUGAGCCUCUUUUUCCCAAGAAGAAUUACGAAUGCCUAACUAGCUGUGAAUUCCUUAAGUACAUCCUGUCUGUGAAGCAAGGGGACUGCCCAGCACCUGAGAAGGCCAGUGGUUUUGCAGCUGCCUGUGUUGAAAGCUGUGAAGCUGAUAGUGAAUGUUCUGGAGUGAAGAAAUGCUGUUCCAAUGGAUGUGGUCAUACGUGCCAAGUUCCAAAAAAUCUGUACAAAGGUGUUCCACUGAAACCCCGGAAAGAAUUAAAAUUCAUAGAACUUCAGUCAGGAGACCUGGAGGUGAAGUGGUCUUCAAAAUUCAAUAUUUCCAUUGAGCCUGUGAUCUAUGUUGUUCAGAGGAGGUGGAAUCAAGGAAUCCAUCCAAGUGAGGAUGAUGCUACUAACUGGCAAACUGUGGCACAGACUACAGAUGAGCGGGUUCGGCUGCCGGACAUCCGAGCAAGCAGGUGGUACCAGUUCCGUGUGGCAGCUGUGAACGUGCACGGGACGAGAGGCUUCACGGCCCCCAGCAAGCACUUCCGAUCCUCAAAAGAUCCGUCUGCUCCACCAGCUCCAUCUAAUAUCAGAAUUGCCAAUAUCAGUGCAAACAAUGAUGGGACUGUAAAUGUAAUGAUUACUUGGGAUCUUCCAGAAGAGCCUGAUAUCCCAGUGCAUCACUAUAAAGUCUUCUGGAGCUGGACAUACAGCAAAUAUGUAAUCCCAGCUAAAAAAAAGAGAAGGAAGAUUACUGAUGGGGCACAAAAUUACGUGGUCCUGGAAGGACUCCAACCCAACAGCAACUACAAUGUAGAACUGCAGGCAGUAACACGUUGGGGUCAGAUACGCCUGAAGAGUGCUAAGGUUUCUCUCCAUUUUAGCACGACUCAGGACACCAGGAAUAAUAAGGAACGGGCAUCUUCUGCUGGGAAACCCCAGAAAGGACUGGUAGAUCCUUACCCAACUUUUCAAAGAAGAAAAACGACUCGUUUUCUUAAAAUCGGAACGCCUUUCUAUCAGGACAAUCAACUUCAGGUCAAAGUCUACUGGAAGAAGACUGAUAUCAGCAUGAAUCAAUUCCAGGUCCACUGGUUACUGGAGUCUUGUGCACACAAUGACACGAAGGGACUUGGGAAAGUAACAGAGAUGACUUAUGAAAACUACAUGAUUCUGAGGGACCUGUUGUUUUCAUGCAAAUAUAAAGUAACUGUUAUGCCUGCAAAAUCUAAAGGCCGUUUUAAGGCUGAGAGUAUUUUCUUUGUUACCCCACCUUGCUCUGCAUUUAAAGAAAAAAUCCACAAGCACAUUAAUUGUCCUGCUGAAGGAGUGCCAGUUCUACCCAAAGUGUUGGCCAAACCCGAGAAUCUAUCUGCGUCUUUCAUUGUUCAGGAAGGUAACAUCACUGGUCAUUUUUCCUGGAAGAUAUCUAAGGCAGACCUUCACCAGCCCAUGACAGGGUUUCAAGUCACUUGGGCAGAAGUAACCACAGAAAGCCGGCAGAACAGCUUACCCAACAGCAUCAUUUCUCAGUCGCAGAUACUGCCAGCAGAUCAUUAUGUACUUACUGUGCCCAAUCUGAGGCCAUCAAUGCUGUACCGCUUGGAAGUUCAAGUGCUAACAACUGGUGGGGAAGGGCCAGCUACGAUAAAAUCAUUCCGAACACCUGACCUUCCUCCAUUCUCACCCCACAGACCUCAUCUAAAGCAACAUCAUCCACAUCACUACAAGCCACCCCCAGAGAAAUAUUAGACUGUUUCAGAUGAUUACACAAAUGACUGAGAGAAAAACUGAGCUCCCAAAUGAGGGCUGGAAAAAGGCACAUCUGUAGGAGCAAUUAACCCAGUUUUCCGGUGGAAGUUACCAUCCUGUACGAUCUGUAUCCACUUCUCUGUAGUUUAACCAUGAAGAAUUGUGUUUGAACCAAGAUCUGGAUGAAACAUACAGCAAGUAUUUUGGUACCACCACUGUUCAACAAGCUGAAAAUCGCGUCCAACUCUACACCUGUAAGAAAAUGAGAAGUGUGUUCAUGAUAAUGUUUUUGUAUUCCUGUGUUUAAAGUAGAUUGAAAUGGUGCAGUGUAUACAGCUUUUUCUCCUAGUGACUUCAAUGUUAAUAUUUGCAAGAUUGUCCUGUGAUGUAUACAUACUUUGAAUACUGGAGGCCAUGUUCUCAGUGUGUUUAAAUGAUCUAUUUUACUUAAAGCUCUGCUUGUCACCAGUUUUAAGUCCUAGUGUAUUUUGCUAUUAAAGAUCUCCAUAUGUCUCAAAUAAGGACAUAAGUAAAAUAAUUACCAGUAGCGGAAACCCUAAAAUAGUCAGUGUUUAUAAUUGCAGUAUCACAGAGGAAGAUGAUGAUACAUUUAUAUCACCCAUCUGUUCUGAAGUGGUAACGUUUUAGCAUGUACAUCUUCUAUUAAUGUAGUUAUUAGCUAAAAAAUAUAUGGGGUAGAUGUACCAUUGUAAAGAAACAAAUGGCAGUUAAUAGAAUUGUUGACAGUUAAUGGCAAUUAAUACAAUUAAUUGAUAGAUCCUGGAAGAAUUACUUUUAAAAUCCCACUUACAAUUUUUUGGUAUAUAAUAUUUCAAACUAUAAUAAUAUCUUGGAAAACCCACCAAUUUCCUAGUUAAAAAUCUGAAUAGUUAACAUUUUAGAAAAUGAAAUUCUGAGGUACAUUUAUUAUUCAACUAGCCAUAGAGCUACUUUUUGGCUUUGGAUUUUGAUGCGCAUAUUUCUUUUCCCCGUGGAACUUCUGAACAGAAGGAUGGAUGUAUUGGCUCUAUUCUGCUGUUCUGCUUACAGAAAGAAUUAUGUGACAAUAUUCUGGCAUCUGGAAAACAUUGGCUUAUAGUUUAUUUGAAUGCAUUUUUCAAAUUUAGACAGAAGGGUGCCCUUUUUAACCAUAAGGGAAUUCAUGUUGCCUUAUUGUGCAAUAUAAACUGUCUAGAAUAAUUUACCACACAGAGAGACAUACCUCAAUAGUAAACAGAAACUGCUUGGAUUUAUUAUCGAGAGGGUGGAAAGUAUCUGCCAAUAAAUGUCCAUACAAAUACUCAUAAUCAGCUUCUAAUGUUCAAGAUGUUCAAAGUGCUGCUGCAGUCUUUGGCAGCGUUUCCAUUGCUCCCUGAAUCAUCAUAUGAGGCUCACGUACUUCAAACACUGAGGAGUCAAACAUGACGAGGCGGCCCCUUUUUCUGCCAGCAGAUGCUAUGGGCUCACCUGUACUUUGUGUUUGCCUGCGAUACGCAGUGAGAGGAGCUCAAAAAAGCAAAUAUGAAGAAAAGAAAUAUUUACCUGAAAAUGAGUAUCAGAGUUAUGUUUAUCAUAGUAGAGCGUUCACAAAAUAUUCAAAUACAGUUUGUCUGUACUGAAGUUUAUAGCUUUUUGGUUUGUGUGAGUUAAUACCGCAGAGGGUGAAGAAAACAGUUUAUUUCUGAUCGCUUGCUCAUUCCAGAUUCCCUGCAUUUCUACUUUUGGUUUUAAAGGGCUCUUUUCCCCCACUCUCUUUCUACUUUGCUUGAUGUCUUUUUUGAUAUGCACGCGGUGACCAAGAACUUUUCCAGACAUUUUCCGUUGCGGCAUGGUCUGGGCCUUUAAUAGUAGUUUUAAAAAUAUUAAAGGCUCUGGUGCUUUUAAUUCCUUCCUCUGUCAUUCUGUCAUCUCCCCUUUUCCAAAAUGCAUCAGCAAAUAAACAGGGGAACUUUUUCUUAAAAUGUGUGGUUUAAAGGUUUAUUUUUCAAUUUUUGCAGAAGGCCAGAGUCUCAGAGUUUUUUGUUAGGAUGGAAAUGUUUCACUUGUACAAGUCUUUACAAAGAAAACACAAUUUGAAUCGUAUCGGUGUGCAGCACUGCUCGACGUUUAGAUUGCACAGUGUGUAGGUUAAGACUAGAAGUGAUCUUCGUUGUGUUUGCUGAGAGCAGGAGUCAGUGGGAUCAAGAAAAACAAUUGCCUCAGACUUCUCUGAAAAAUUCUGUCCAAACCUUUCAAUCACAGUCUGUUCUAGUUAUGCUGGAGUAAAUCUGUAGUGACUUGAUUAAUGUUAAUAAAAUUAUGUUUCAUUCAUAGUGACAUGGGAAAGCAUAGAACAUGGAUGUCGGUCUUUAUUACAAUGAUGCCAGGUCUGGCUUGGAGAUAAAUUGGAAGUUAGUAGUCCUGAGUGGUCGUACCCUUAGUCUUUAUUGCUGAGGGGAAGCCUCAUUCUUCUGAAAUGAAUCAAAAUGGUUACUGUUUGCUGAUGCCAGUCUGUUUGAAGCAAUCAAUGUUUAAAAAUAACAAUGUACUUUUGAAAAUCAUGGAGGGGUUUUCCGUUUUAAAGUAGAUUCUGGAAAUAAAUGAAAAAGUUGAUAAGUAGAGUUGUAUUAAACAAGUGUAUUUAUAGAGUCCACUAAGAUGUACAUUAUUUUUUCCUUCUGCAAAUCAGCUUAUCAGCUAACCUUUCAAGUCAUCCUUCAAAUAAAAAAUGAAAAAUACAAGGUCAACAAGGCUUAUGCAUGGAUGUUAAAUUCCUGACUAUGAGUGAUUUCCUGAUUAUUUUUUGAAUUUAGCGGUACAGGUUUGAAGUUGUUACUGCCCGAUUCAUAAAGCUUUGUUUGCUGAAUUGUACAGGAUAUUGUCCUAAUUUACUAGCCUAAGUCAAAUUAAACAUUUAAUUCAGCAGUAGAGUUGUAAUUCACUAUCUGAUUCACUAGUUAAAGAUUUAUUUUCUCAAAUGGUGUGUAAUACAGAAUUAAUAUAGCUAUUAGGAUGUUUUUAGAUACUCUGCACCUUUACACUAAUAUAUUAUUUGCAAUGUACGAUUCUGAUGGAUUUGUCAGUUGACUUCAGGAUGCAUUUUGUUUAUCUUUAUUUCUUAAAGCAGAAUUAUAAGAGUAUGCCGUUUUUGCUAACUGCUUUGUGAAGUGGAUUUUUUUUGGUUGUUCAUUGAUGAUUUUUGUUUAAGAAGAGAAUGGUUUGUUCUUGUUAACUUUUUUGGUCAUUUUUGAGUUGUUUAUAGAGCAGGAGAAAUUCAAAUAAGAUAGAGCUUGUGCUGUAUCAUCUAUGUGUAUCAUCUUGAAUAUUCAUUAAGAAUAUAGCACAUAGACGAUAAAUAAAAGGUCUGACUUGUGAAAUGCUGAACAUCCUCAACUUAGUGGGUCCAGCAAGAGUUGAGGACAUGGUCCGACAAUGCUAACAUUGACAUUAACUUUUGUCAUGAUCACGCACAAAGUCAAAAAAAUACUCAUUGCUAAUGUGAAUGGGAAUUUUACUGUUGGUAUUGGCAAAACUGUAUAGAAACCUUAAUACUGAGUCAAUCUAUUCCACAUACUUCCAUCUCCAUACUCCCAACUGGAGUCAGGAAGAGUUUUAGAUAAGCAGGCCCUGAUUCAGGAAGGUAUGCAGAAAAGGAAACUUCCAUAUGCACAAAAGAAGUCAGUGGGAUGGAAGAAAACAGGUGCAGUUAAGAAUGAACUUUAGUGAUGCCUCAAAAAACAUGGAUGUCAAAAUCUGCUUGAAUACUGUCUUAAAUCAGGGCCUUAUAGAACAAAGUGUGGGACCCAUAAAUUCCAUGUACAACACCUUUUUUUUUUUUUUAUUUUUGUCUUGUGUAUAUGUAAAUGUCAUUGUGAUAUUAUUUAUUAAUUCAUUUUUUUACACUAUGUGCCAAGUAUAUUCCUACCCUUUUGAUCAGUACUUGUGAACAUCAAUUACUAAAAAUAAUGUUAUGCAGACUUGUGCAUUGUAACCAGGAAUAUGAUGCUAAUAAGCUGUUGCAUGUAGUUUUAAAUAAUAAAGAAACCCCUUUAUUUAAGAAAUGUAAAUGAAUAUCUGCAGAUGUUGAUGAUUAUGUAUGGUUUUGCAUGCCAAAACUCAUUGUUCAGUUGUGGGCAUGAAUUGUAAUGACUGUGUUACCUCUACUGAAUAUAUUAGUAAGGUACAAUUUACAAAGUAAUUAACAGAGCUCUAUAUGUAAAAUUUUUCCUUUUUACUUAAUUAUAUUGUAGUAGAGGUAACAGAACUGCUUAUCUGUUACCCAGAUUGGCUGUAGAAAUUAUGUUCCUAUAACACUCAUUUAAAGUCAAUAUUUAUUUAUGUAUGUAAUACAAAAAGAUUGGUCUUACAUGUUUGUCCUGUUAUUUAGAGAAAAAAAUACACUUGUAAAAACAGUUUGUAAAAAAAAAAAGUAAAUGUAAAUAUAGCCUGAUUUCUUUUACUCACCGUUUUCAUAUUUAGAAUUUGUACAUACUGUUUAGGUAAUAAACUAUCCUACAUCAAAAUCUUGCUACAUUAUCUCCUCCAUACAGAAUUUAUGAGUUUGGUUUUUUUAAAGUUGAAUCAUCUAAGAAAAAUCAGUGUCACACCAAGUUCUUUGUGAACAUCUAAAUCUCAUUGUUUGUAAAGUCAUACCAUUUCAUCCUCAGUGUACUACAACAUUGUUUUCUUUAGAAAGUGAACAAAACAAUAUGAAAAUAAAUUUAGAUAUCAUUUGAGUCUCAAGCAAUCCUUGACGUAAAAAAACAGACUCAAGAACUUGCCAUCCCUUUCUCUGUCCUAAUGGGAUAGUUCACAGUGAAAAAUUGUUCACCCUUUGCAAUAAUAACUGAAAUGAAUUAAAAUGUUGCUAGAUCUAUGUCAGUGGUCUCAUGCUGCAAGUCAAGAUUUUCAUGAUGGAAACUCAUGCUGAAAUCCAUGUAUACACCAGAUUUGGAAUAUUUUCUAUUUUAAAGUGCAGUAACCCAUGAUUUAAAUUCUACAUUUUUAAUAAAUAUUAAUAUCUGUCUUAGUACAAACAUUUAACUGUUUCAAAUUGUCAGAGAUGUGCUGUCAUUCUCAGAUGCAUUGUCUUUAGUUUGGGGAUGCGUCUUUGACUUACUCUUGACUGACCUAAUAAACAUUUAGAUUUUGUUAACUUGAACAUAAACUCCAAAAUUUCCUGGUAUUGCUUUGUCAUUAGAAUACUUGAUUACAUUUUUUGUUGUGGUUUUCCUUUUACAUAAAUGGCUAAUACUUAGCAAAACCCAUACAGUUAAAUUUCUCUGCAAGUUGGACCAUUUCACUGGUACUUGCUAUUAUGGUUUGUAAACCCUGGCAAGAAUGAUACAUCGCUGUGAAUAGGUAAGUUGUCAUAAUCAAUAGUUGAAGCAUUCUAUACACUGUAAUUCAAAAUGGCCAUUCAUUUUUUCUUUCCAUAAAUUCAAAUAAAUGUUUUAUUCAAUAUUGAACUAAAGGGAUGAUGACUGGAUGAUGUGAAUCAUAUGAAAUAAAGCAAAUUUGCUAUAUA